UAUACGAAUGUAUGCAAAGAACAUGGUUAGAGAAUCAAAACAUCAAUAAAACAUGACAAAAAGUUUGCAUUUCGUAUAUAAUAAACCAACUUUAAAACUAAAGCAAUUUAGUCGGGAAUAAAUAUAUUGGUAUAUAGACAUAAUUACGAACCACUGUCGACCCCUAUAAAAACGCGAUGGUAAGCUCUGAAACCAUUGUAAAGUGGUAACAGUGGUUACAAUACAACAUGGUUUGGAUUUGGAGCCUAAUUGCACUCGGAAUAGUUGUCGGCGCAACGGGGAAAGGCCAAGAAAACAAUACCACCGGAUCGGCAACGACGGGGCAGAGCCAAGAAACCGAUACCACCGGAUCGACAACGACGGCGGCAUCCGCACGAACUCCCGAACCAACUACUGUGGAUCCCUACACUGCACUCGAUAAGACAAUAACCGAUGAUCUUGAGAAUAUUCUAACCAAAUAUGAGCGUGAAUGCAUGGGUAAUUCUGAGUUCACACGCAAUCUUGACCUCAUACGCAAAGCGGUGAAACUGGACAAAAGUCGUUUGUUAGACAAGAUAGAAGCAAGAAUAGAAUUUAAUAAGUACAAUGAGCAACGCAUUUUAAUCGAACGACAAAUUGAUGAGCGCAUAGAGGCCCUCAAUAAUAUCCUGCCUACCCAGGAACCGAAUAGUUAUUGCUCUGAAUUUUACUUGAAGCAAAGAGAAGAUCUUAGGAAGGCUAAAUCACUUUCGAAUCUAGAAAAAUUAAACACUUUAUUAAUUAACAAAGCAAUUUGCACUAUCAGGGAUAAUUAUUAUGAUGACGAUUCUCUUUACUAGCAUAAUCAGAAGCCACAAGACAAUGCAGUCUAAGUGAAAUCUAUUUACAUAUAUUUAUAACUAAAUUUUAAAGAUUGAAAUAUAUAUAUGAUACUUGUGAACAUUCAAAUUGGAGAAAUGAUUAAUACCGGCUUGCAAAAAUUAAAAA